AGGAAGUGAUAUCACAGGCCCCAUGUGAGCGGAUUGCAACACAUGCAGCUGCCUGGAGAGAGGGAGCCGGUGUCCUACGUCAGAGCCGCCGCCGCCGCGGAGCCGCCGCCGGGGAGGAGCAGCCGCUGCCGCCCAGGACUGGGCCUUUAGGGAGGAGGAGGCGAGAAGAUGGCGGACGACCCCAGUGCUGCCGACAGGAACGUGGAGAUCUGGAAGAUCAAGAAGCUCAUUAAGAGCUUGGAGGCGGCCCGCGGCAAUGGCACCAGCAUGAUAUCAUUGAUCAUUCCUCCCAAAGACCAGAUUUCACGAGUGGCAAAAAUGUUAGCAGAUGAGUUUGGAACUGCAUCUAACAUUAAGUCACGAGUAAACCGCCUUUCAGUCCUGGGAGCCAUUACAUCUGUACAACAAAGACUCAAACUUUAUAACAAAGUACCUCCAAAUGGUCUGGUUGUUUACUGUGGAACAAUUGUAACAGAAGAAGGAAAGGAAAAGAAAGUCAACAUUGAUUUUGAACCUUUCAAACCAAUUAAUACAUCAUUGUAUUUGUGUGACAACAAAUUCCACACAGAGGCUCUUACAGCACUACUUUCAGAUGACAGCAAAUUUGGCUUCAUUGUAAUAGAUGGCAGUGGUGCACUUUUUGGCACACUCCAAGGAAACACAAGAGAAGUCUUGCACAAAUUCACUGUGGAUCUCCCAAAGAAACAUGGUAGAGGAGGUCAGUCAGCCUUGCGUUUUGCCCGUUUAAGAAUGGAAAAACGACAUAACUAUGUUCGGAAAGUAGCAGAGACUGCUGUGCAGCUGUUUAUUUCUGGGGACAAAGUGAAUGUGGCUGGUCUCGUUUUAGCUGGAUCAGCUGACUUUAAAACUGAACUAAGUCAAUCUGAUAUGUUUGAUCAGAGGUUGCAAUCAAAAGUUUUAAAAUUAGUUGAUAUAUCCUAUGGUGGUGAAAAUGGAUUCAACCAAGCUAUUGAGUUAUCUACUGAAGUCCUCUCCAACGUGAAAUUCAUUCAAGAGAAGAAAUUAAUAGGACGAUACUUUGAUGAAAUUAGUCAGGACACGGGCAAGUACUGCUUUGGUGUUGAAGAUACACUAAAGGCUUUGGAAAUGGGCGCUGUAGAGAUUCUAAUAGUCUAUGAAAAUCUGGAUAUAAUGAGAUACGUUCUUCAUUGCCAAGGCACAGAAGAGGAGAAAAUUCUCUAUUUAACUCCAGAACAAGAGAAGGAUAAAUCUCAUUUCACAGACAAAGAGACAGGACAGGAACAUGAGCUGAUUGAGAGCAUGCCCCUCUUGGAAUGGUUUGCUAAUAACUAUAAAAAAUUUGGAGCUACAUUGGAAAUUGUCACAGAUAAGUCACAAGAAGGAUCCCAAUUUGUGAAAGGAUUUGGUGGAAUUGGAGGUAUCUUGCGGUACCGAGUAGAUUUCCAGGGAAUGGAAUACCAAGGAGGAGACGAUGAAUUUUUUGACCUUGAUGACUACUAGGUAGUCGACAUGGGUCCGGCAAAACGUGCCUCACCCUCCAGCAUCCAACCCAAGGAGCAUACCCGUGGUGGAAUCCAAACAGAUCCCUGCCUUACAAUUGGAACAUUUCCAGAACUUAAUCCAUGAGCAUUGGAUACUGAAAAGAAAACCGAAACAAAACCAGACCCAACCCUGUACAUUGGUUUGUCAUGGUGUCAGCGCAGCAGCCUACAACUAAGUUCCUAAAUGCCACUUUGGACUAAUUUAAAAAAGAAUCCCAGUUUUUACUUUUACUCGAUGGUGGAAUUGGUUGCUCUUGUAUUUUAUGAAAAAAAAUGAUUUUUUUAACCUUCAUACAUAGAAGCAAAAAUACUUUAACUGCUGUAAACCUUCAAAAGUUAAUAGAAGUGAGAUCAUACUGGUUUGUUUCUUAUUUUGAUUGGAGAAAAAUUAAAUUGCUGCAUUUCGCAGUGACCCAUUUACAUGGCAUUCUCAGCUUAGACUGCAUAAGAAGAAAUACAUGUGGUGAAAUGUUGGAACCAUUUCUUUCUUGGUCUCUGUUUAAUGUUGAAAGGGUGAGCUAGUAGGAGGCAGUUUCAACCUCACUCCCUCACACCCACUCCCCAGACUGUCAGUUUCAAGGAUGCAGAUUGCAUUGUAAAGUCAAACUGACUCACGAAGCAUUGAGGCCAGUGCACUGUUUACUUUCAUCUCUUUGGCAGACGCAUUUGUGCCCAGCGUUUGGGAGCCCUUUGUAUCACUUGCUUUAACAAGGGUCCCCUUAGCCUACUAGAAAUCAGUUUGGGAUGGAUAUGAUGGGGCUUCUGUGCUAUUGCUGGGAUUGGGAGAAAUAAAACAUACAAUUUUAGUGGAA